UGGUGGUGGGGAGGCGGGGAGGCGGGGGGGAUCCUUCCGCCGUUUUCCUCGUCGCUGCCGCCGAGCCCGGCCGAGCCCUGGAACUUCAUUGAGAAAGGGGAGCAUUUGCGCGCGCCUUUCGCGACGGUGACACCGCCGACGUUUGCGACGCCCGCGAACUCUCGCCGCUGGGAUCGCCGGGAUCGCCGCCUGACGAUGGACGACUCCGAGGCGCAGCUGACCGUGUCGGAGGCGGACGCCCUGGGCGCCGACUUCAUCACGGUGGAGUUGGACACGCAGCCCAUCGAGUACGUGGUCAAGUGGGCCGAGGUGGGCUCCAAGUUCACCAUCUCGUGCGUCAAGAAGGACUCGGACGACCCGUCGGAGCUGAGCGGCGAGCAGCUCAAGAUUGAGACGGACGAGGCCUUCUUCGCGCCCUACGAGGAGGUGUACCCUUGCGAGGUGACCGAGCAGAGCGUGGAGAUCAAGAUGGAGUCGGAUGACGACGACGACGACGACGACGACGACGAGCGCCACCAGAUCCUGGUGGAGGUGGGCGGCCAGCCGGACGGCGAGGCCGACUCGGACCGCGGCGAUCCCGAGCCCGACGAGCGGCGCUAUCGCUGCGGCUACUGCGGGAAAUGCUACAGCCACGCCUCCAGCCUGUACCGCCACCAGCAAACGCACGCCGCCAAGAUGGCGGCCGCCCCCGCCUCGGCCGCCGCCAAACGCGCCCUGGAGCCCGCGCAGCAGGACGCGCGCUACGCCUGCCAGCACUGCGGCAUGACCUUCAAGGGCAGCAGGAUGCUGGGGAGUCACCUGCGGCUGCACGGCAAGAGGCGCAUCCACCCGUGCAACAUCUGCGGGAAGGAGUUCAACCACAGCUCCAGCCUGUCGCGACACCGCCUCAUUCACAAGAAGGCCAAGGACGGCGCGCCGGGCCACGGCCACGCCCCGGCCGCGCCCGCCCGCUCGGCCCACCGCCCCUCGCUCAAGGGCAAGAAGGCCAAGCGGCGGAGGCAGCCGGGGGGCCCGCCCCACGCCGCCGAUGACAAGUUCUACGCCUGCCCGCAGUGCGAGAUGAGCUUCCGCACCUCCGCGGCGCUCUCCAAGCAUCAGGUGACGCACGUGAAGGAGCUCCUGGACAGCUACGCGCAACCCGGCAAGGAGAACAUGGCCGAGAGCUCGUCGGACCUGAAGAUCCGCCUCAAGCUGUGCUCGCGCGACAAGCCCAACUUCUACACGCUGUGCAAAAAGAACCGGCGCCGCCGCCGCCACGGCCGCGCCAAGCCCGUCGCCGUCGAGGACGAGGACGAAGACGAGGAGGACGCCGGCGCCCCGCGGGCCCACGGCUGCGGUCUUUGCGGAAAACGUUUCAGCCACACCUCCGGCCUGCUGCGCCAUCAGCUGAGCCACCAGGCGGCGGCGGCGGACGGCGGCAAGCGAGCCAAGGCCAAGAGCAAGACCUUCACCUGCGCCGCCUGCAACAAGACCUUCAUGCACUCGUCCAGUUUCUCGCGCCACAAGAAGGCGCACCUGGGCGCCGCCAAGAGGGCCGUCCUCGACGAGACGGCCCCCAUCGAGUCGGACUCCGACUGAGUCCGCUCGGGCGCGACGGCAAGUGUACAUAGCGGACGUGGUCAGAAGGCCGUCCGCCCGCCCGCCCGCCCGCCCGCGCCCCCUUUCCCGUCCCGGGAAGAACAGGACCUUCCGCCGGAACCUUUUUGUCUCUGCGAGAUGAGCGAAUUCGGGGCCGGGGAACUCGGGUUCCUCCUUUUCGCUCCCUCCCGACUCCGACGCGGCCCCCAAACCGUGGAAGCGGGCGCGUCGGGGUCGGCGGGGAGCGAAAGCGGGCGGGAGACGGCUCUCGAGGAGCCCCGCUUCCCGAGCCCCGAUCUCAUCGGACGGAGAACGCGACGGCUGCGGCCGCCUUUCCUCAUCCGCCCGCCCGCCCGCCGCCUCCUCCUCGCUUGUUGCGUUUGUCCAGUCCCACGUCGUGGUAUGCAUGCAGCCGCUCGGCCGUCUUUGUAGUUUUGAACGUGGGGGCAGCGCGGGGCGGCUGGCCGGCGUCUUUGUUGACGUCAAAGCGAUUUCAAUGUCAUUGGAGCAAGUUGAGAGCCUUCCCUUGUUGUUGCCGCAGCGGCGGCGGCAAAGGGCAAAGCUCCGCUUGCAUUUCAUCCUCGCGUUUGCGGAAAAGCUUUGGCUUUUUGUCGGUCCGGGGCGCGGCGUCUUGAUGACAUUGACAAUUCCGCCGGACGUCCCGACUGAGUUUGUUUGGAAAAGAGAAAAAAACGAAAUGCUUGUCAUUCACCUUUAGCCUCCAUGUUGUAUUGCAUCGGUGUCGUGUUUGCUAAUUAGCACAAAGCCUUGACGUGUUCAUUUUGUAAUAAAUCUGGAAAAUGA